GGUUGGCAUUGGUGGAGCAGGUUAGUUUUCUUCACAACACGUGUAGACAAGUUUACAAUCAAAAAUACGUGGAAAUAAGUGCAAAAACCAGUGAAAAUGGUUGUAAUCCAGCGUGUGGUUAAAGCGACCACACGUAAAGGCAAAAAGGUCCUCCUGAAGAAAGAACCGCAAGUGAUUGAAGGCCCCAAAAAGGCGCUGUUUUUACAAGGCAGACGAUCAUCUGAGAAACUGCGACGUUUGGCGAAAGAUUUGUACGAUUUAAAAAAACCGGAGGCUCAAAUGCUCAGUAAGAAAAAUGACAUAACAGUCUUCGAGAACGCAGCUCCUGUGGAAGGUUUCUGUAAAAAAUACGAGUCGUCCCUAUUCGUAAUGAGUUCACAUAGUAAAAAAAGGCCAGACAAUCUAGUCAUUGGUAGGAUGUUUAAUUAUAGUUUGUUAGAUAUGGUGGAGUUGCAUGUGGAGUCUGCUGAGUUUAUGAAAGAUUUUGCCUGCUCGAAAAUAGCGUUAGGGACGAAGCCUUGUCUCGUUUUCAACGGCCCCACGUGGGAGGAGACUGAGGACCUGAAACAUCUCAAGAGUUUGUUCAUUGACAUGUUUCAUAGGGAGGAAGUUAAUUCAAUCAGAUUGCAAGGUUUAGAACACACAAUUAGCUUCACUGCCACCCCAGAAGGGAAGAUUCUUAUUAGGUCUUAUAAAGUUAUGAUGAAGAAGUCCGGGUGUAGAGUACCACGGGUGGAACUGGAAGAAAUGGGUCCCAGAAUAGAUCUCACACUCCGACGAAGCAAACUACCCACCGAGGACCUAAUGAAAGAAGCUUUGCGCAAACCUAAAGAACUCAAAGUGACUAAAAAGAAGAACAUCAGUGUUGAUGGUUUGGGCACAACUCACGGUCGCAUCCACGUCGGUAAACAAGAAAUCAACAAGAUUCAAACACGUAAAAUGAAAGGCCUGAAAAAAACCACCGACGAGAAGAAAUUAAAACGAGCAGCGAAGAGAACAACUGAUAAUAAUAAUGUAAAUAAUAAAGUCAAAAAGCAAAAACAUGGAUGAAGCGUCGGUGCAAUUUUGUUAAUGAUGUGUAUAAAUGGUUAAAUCUUGUAAUUGUAAGCUUAAUUUUACGUGUAUUUUUUAUUUAAUGAUUAUUUGAAUAAACUUUUUUAAAAAUG